GUAUAUUUACAACUGACAUCUGUCAUUUUUUUUGGUUAGUGAUUAAAGCGUAAAAAUGACGGAAUUUAAAAUCGAGGAGGAAGAUUUAUACGAAAUUUUAGAAAUCGAACCGACAAGCACCACAAAUGACAUUAAAAAAGCUUACAGAAAGAAGGCUUUACAAUGCCAUCCCGACAAGAAUCCGGAUAAUCCCAACGCUGCAAAACUAUUCCAUCAGUUAACGAAGAUAUUAGAGGUGCUAACGGAUGAAUCGGCACGGAAAGUUUACGAUCGAGUAUUAAGGGGCAAGAAGGAGGCGGCUUUAAGGCACAGAGAGCUAGAUGGGAAACGAAGGAAGUUGAAGGAAGAUCUGGAGGCGCGCGAGAGGGGAGGCGUAAAACGAAACGGUAGCGAUGAGUUGAAGGCCGAAAUUGAGCGGUUACGAAAGGAAGGUUCCAAAUUAGUCCAAGAAGAAAUGGAGUACAUUAAAACAAAGUUACGACAAGAGAGCCAAGCUGCCGGAACGAAAUACAGAGUGAAGAUCAAGUGGAAAGUUGCAAGGGACGACGCCACAAAUGGCGGUUACGAUCAGGAGCUGCUCGGUAAAUUUUUAUCAAAGUACGGCGAUAUUACGGCGAUGGUUAUGUCUCCCAAGAGAAAAGGGAGUGCAUUAGUAGAGUUCGAGUCGAAACGUGCGGCAGAAAUGGCCGUCGAUUUCGAGAAGGGCUUGGCCGUAAAUCCGCUCGAACUAUCGUGGGUGAACGGCCCUCCGUGCGGAGUACGUAGUUCCACGAUUAAGGAAUCCGACUAUGAAAGUGUGGUAUUAAUGAAACUAAGACAGGCAGAGGAACGGAAGCGACUAAUUGAACAAAUGAUGGCCGACGACGAAACUUAAAACAUGUACAGUUCUUUAUUAAAACGAUUUUAAGUUA